GUGAAAAAAUUAAAAAGUGAGAGCUUGGUUUUGCUUCUUAGUAUGCAUCAGGUUUAAGGCUACACAGUAGUUACGUAUUGAUAUGGUACAAUACCCCUAGACGUAUAAAAUAUGUAAAUUGUUGUUGCUCAAAUCAACUCUUUUUAUUUGGACAUACGAGUAGAUGAUACCUCUCAUUCGGUUCAAAAUAUACAGUGUUGGUUUUAGGCGUAAUAAUUUGUGAUGAAUUCGAUUUAUACGAGUAGAUGAAUGAUUGUAAUUUUUAAUACUUACGAGUGCACGUGUUACGAGUUAUGAGUUGAUACAUUAGGAAAUAUUUUGAUGCCUAAAGCGCAUGUAUGUACAUAAAAAAAUGACUCGUGGAUGUUACGCAAUACUCUACGUAUCAAUUUUCUUGAUACCGGUGCUGGAAGCAGCCAUCGAUAGUUUUCUGCUGAGUCAUUACGAUUUGAAGGUUAGUCAAAACGAAGCUACAUGUCGAUUAGUUAACCAUGCCAAUUUACCCGAAGACAGGCGUACUUUAUCGGGACGAGAUUGUAUGUGCGAUGAGGAUUGCAUAGAGUAUAAAGAUUGCUGUAAAGAUUCACGAUUCUAUUACCCGAGCCAGCAGAGUCAUCCCUCGACGUAUCAUUGCUCAGAAAAUUCCGCCGUAUACCUCAAAGCUCAAUGUGCCGCCGAUUGGAAAGACCACAAUAUGGCCGAAUUAUGCGAAAAUUCGCUAAAACCGCUAGAAAGCGACGAUAUGUCUUUAAUACUGCACGUUUCAAACCUGGCAACCCGUACAACCUAUGGUAAUCCUUAUUGCGCAGCCUGUAAUUACGAUCAAGAUAUGUCAAAUUGGAUCCCGUGGACGAUGGGUGUAGCUUGCGGAGAAGCUCCGGCGGGUUACUUGAAAAAACCCAUCGUUGUCCCAAACUCAUAUUCGACUCCGGUCGGUUCGAAUUAUAUCAAUAAUGAAUAUGAUUACGACAAGGUAAAUACAAGAGUGGAUAUCGCUAACGAACCGGUGUAUCCUCCUAAUGUACCUCGAUUAGUCCUCGAUAUAAAUCUGUAUUUGUACAACGACUCGAAUUACGACCAACUUUCGCCCGCCGUUUACUCAUUUCCAAUUAAAAUCGACGCGAAUGUUCCUCAAUUGUCGCAAAAUCAGUACAACUAUCCUGGUCGAGCGAAACGACAAUCUCGUACGAUUGAUUUCAGAAAAUAUGCCAAUAUCGCCGAUCAAAUUGCAUUGAAUGCCAGAUACGAUCCUUAUAAUAAGAAAUUCGUCAGCAAACAUAACAAUAAAGAUUUCAUUUGCGAGUUUGGAUCGAUAUUACCGGAAAAUGCGCAAGAAUUUACUAGAAAGUGUGUACCAUUUUUAGUAAAAUCGUGCCCGAAAUCGUUCAAACAAGAAUCGGUUAAAGCAGAAUGUGCCACGUAUACUGGAAUUGUAUACAAUAGCAAGAGCAGAAAAGCGUAUCGAAAUAAAGAUUGCGCUCGGUGUAAUGACGAAAAAGAGCAAAUGGUUGGAGGUGCACCUCAGGAUACAAGGGCUGAUCUUUCGUCACUUUCGUCAGGUGGUGCGAGUAAAGGUGUAUCGGGUACUCCUACUUCGAAGUUUGUGGCUGCUGGAUAAGUACACAUCUACAUAAAAGUGCUCAUCUAGACUCUUGAUGCUGUGGCCAAGAUGAUUACGUCUAAAGCAACCUAUUUGGAAAAUUUUACUUAUUAUGUGUUCGUAUCAGAACAGAGCACGAUUUGAUAUAAAAACCUAAGAGAAAAGAGACAUUCAUUUUUCACCAUCUUAUAACUUUACCUCAGGUUGAAAAAUAUUAACUCUAUAGAUCAUGAUUAUUAGUUCACCUAAUUUUUGUUUGCUGAGAGUAUUGGUUUAUUAUUUGCUUCAUUAGUAGCAAUUUAGAAUUUUAAAAGUAAGAAACUCAAGAAAUUAGAUACUUAACCCUCUAGUCAUUUUUUAUGAAUGUUGGAACCAAUACUGCUGGAUAAUUUUGGACACCUGAUUUCUUUUUUUUCUUCCUUAAAAAAAAUGAAAGGGCUCCACAAGCUCACAUUAUAACAAUUCAUUGUAAAAAUUGGUAGAAAAUUCGUACACGCUCUGCCUUGAAAUUUUUUAGGUAGAUCUAGGUAAAUAACAGGUAUCAAUAAAAUGAAAGUCUUACACAAUAUUAAAAUCUUGCUUCGCUCUGGUUUGUAUUUAAUACUUCGUUUCAAUUUCAUUUAAAAAUUUUAUAAGUACAUAUACCUAAUACAGAUAGACUGAUACAUAUAUGUAUAAUAACAAUUAGGUAUGUAUCUAUGCAAUAAAAAUUAAGACUCAAAUUUUGAAUUUUUUAGAAUACCUAGGUAUUAAUUUUCUUUGGACUUUUCUGUAUUAAUAAAAUAAAAUUACAUAAUACCUCGCAAAUAAACAUUUUUUUGGUUUUAUUCAAAAUGAUUGUACAUAUGAAUAGGUAUAGGUAGAGGGUGCGCAAAAAUAUCGAGUGCCCCAAAGUAAGUUUUUGGUUAGAAAUUUAGGUUGGUAACGUGAAAUAGAUAAGUAGAUGCUUAUCUACAAAUGAUUGGUGAAAUAUUACCAAUCAUGGGCUAUCAUUAUUAUCAUUCAUUGUGACCAGCCAAAACGUUUGGUAAAAAACUUUUUUGAGGGUACUCGAUAUUUCUGCGCACCCUGUACGUAGGAGUAAUAAUGAUGAUAACGAACUAUCUAAUGAUUUUUUUUGUUGUAUGGUAUUCCUAUUUCAUAUUUAUAGUGCAUGAUAAGUAAGCCCUAUUCUUAAAUAAGUAAGUGUAUGUAUAGGUACGUAACAUAUCAUUGCCUAAUUUUUCAUAAGUUACAUUUAAUGUGUCCACGAAAUCGUUAUUUUUAUAGCUAGCUAGUAGCUAUUGGUAAAACAUUUUUUUUCAUUUUUCAUUAUACUUACAUCAAAUGACA